AUGCGCCUCGACCACAUCCUUGCCCUCGCGGCCGCGCUGCUCGCGUCUGCUGCUGUCGGCUCACCAGUGCCCGCCCCCGAAGCAGCGCCCGCCGCCGACGUAGAUGCGCGCGGGUUUCGCACGAACGAUUGGCGCCGAGCACCCGAGGAGGAAGCUCGUGGGUUCCGCACCAACGACUGGCGCCGCGAGCCCGGGUUCCGGACGAAUGAUUGGCGCCGCGACCCGCAGGUGAAGAGCCCGUCGUGGAAGCGGGCGCCGGAGGAGGAGGCGCGGGGGUUCAGGACGAACGAUUGGAAGCGCGAAGCUGGGUUCCGCACCAACGACUGGAAGCGCGAGGAGGACAUCGACGAGAGGGGCUUCAGGACAAACGAUUGGAAGAGGGCGGCGGAUGUCGAGGCACGCGCAGAGGCCGUUGAGGCCCGGGAGGCGCACGUUGAGGAGCGCCAGUACCGCACGAACGACUGGAAACGCGACGAGGCUCGCGGCUUCAGGACGAACGACUGGAGGCGCGAGCCCGGGUUCCGCGCCAACGACUGGAAGCGUGAGCCCGGGUUCAGGACGAACGACUGGCGCCGAUCACCCGAGGAGGUCGUUGAGGCGCGAUCACCCGAGGAGGCCGUCGAGGAGCGACAGUACCGUACGAACGACUGGCGCAGGGAGGUGGAGGCGUAG